UUUUGUGAACCGCGCGUCGGAGUUGCCCUUCAUCCGCUGCUGUCCGCAUCCUCUGGCUCGUAGUCGUAGGACACGGACCCCGCUUCAGCCCGGCACGUCCUUCUCCACCGCGCAUCCCAUCUCCUGGCGAGCGGCCGGUCACCGGCAGCCACAUCGCCGUCCAUCGCCUCCGCCGCGCCACCGAGUCGAUUGUGUCAAACAGAUCCCCAAUUCGCCGCAUCCGACUUGAUGGACGACCGCCGAAGAGGCGAGCGGGAGGUGAACCGGUGGCAUACAGGUCCUGAGGAGGCGCGUGAGAGGGACUCCGGCUCCUCCUCCCCGGCUGCCAUACUCCUCUUUGCCCUCAUCGGCGCCACUGUCACCACCGCUGCUGUUGGUCAACUGCGCCGCACCUUUGGCUGGUUCUACACUCAGCUUAGCAGAUCAGAACCAUAUGUCUACUGGGAAGACAUACCUCGUGGGCCGAAUAGGUGUGGUGAUGCGUGGCGAUAUUACCGGAGGACGCGUGAGACGAACGAGGAUCAGAGGAAGAGAGUGGAACGCAUCAUGCACAUGCAAGAUAUGUUCAAGAAGGAGAGAAGUAAAUGCCGGGAUUAUCGGACUCGUAAUGGCCAUAAUCCAACCUAUAAUCAGCAUAGUCGAAGAGAAGACUGGUAUGAAGAUGCAGAAACAUUUUAUGCCAAUCAAAGAACAAAUUUUAGAUCAAGGCCCAGGGAAGCAAUGCAGUACAGUAUGUCACAUCACUAUUCUGUCUUGGGCCUAAACAGGUCAAGACCAGAACCAUUUUCAGAUGCUGAGAUUAAGUAGGACUGUAGGAGGGCGGUGCAACCUGAAGAAAUUCAAGAGAAGCCACUCCGGGACGACUCGACAAAUGAUGCGGAGCAAGUCGGGAAGCCUGUGGUUGAAGAAGCAUUAGCAGUUUAGCACCACGAAGGUUGAAGAGGUUGCUUGAUGUAUUAUUGUUGGGCAAACAAUCCUGUGACUUAUGCAGAAGCAAUGUAAGGCUCGAACUAUGGAAUGGGUUGAGGCCAUGAAAUGAGGGAUAUAAAGUUCAUGGAUGACAACCAGGUUUGGAGCUGUCGGUCUGUUUGAUGGUGUCAAAAUUAUAGAAUGCACACGAAUAUUUCAGAAGAAACUAACAAGGAUGAAAGUUAGCUUAAAUUGGCUUGAAUCAUUCUAGCAAUUGAAACGUCAUUUGAUUAGGGCAACUCCAAACGGCCGACCAAAAUGGACAAGAGAUUUGUCCGUUCAGGUGGCCAAAUGGACAGGUGCCC